UCCUCUCCUCCUCCUUUUUCCCCUAUGUCUCUCCAUCUCCCCCCUCUGUCUUUCUCGCUCUCUCUCUCCUCCCCCUCUGUCUUUCUCUCCUGUGUUUUUCUCCAGAGACGUCUACUUUUUUGAACACCAAAGUGUUCUACCACCAUUGGCCCUCUAACCCAACACAGACAGUACGCCGUGAGAGGAGCGCAGAAGCCAUGUUUCUUCUCCGUGUACACCUGUUGGCAGCGCUUGUGUGCCUGGCACUAGGCCAGUAUGACGACGACUAUGUGUCACCCGCCUUCUCAGGACCCUCAACCUCAAACUGCGACCGCGAGUGCGAAUGUCCCGUCAAUUUCCCGACCGCCAUGUAUUGUGACAGCCGCAAGCUCAAAGCUGUGCCGAUGGUUCCUUCAGGAAUCAAGUACCUGUACCUCCAUAAUAACGAGAUCGAAGAAAUAAAGUCUGGUGUGUUUGAUAAUGUCACCUCCGAACUGCGGUGGCUGGUCCUCGAUAACAACCAGAUCACCAACGGGAAGAUUGCAGCAGGUACCAUCGACAAACUGACCGCCCUGGAGAAACUCUUAUUCAGCCACAACCUUCUCACUGAGCCAGUGGUCCCUCCUUCCAAGGCUCUCGAAGAGCUCAAGUUGACGCACAACAAAUUGAACAAGUUCCCUUCUGGUCUCCUGAACGACAAGGAAAAUCUGACCUCUGUCAACGUACAACACAAUGAGCUCACCUCUGAAGCCAUCGCCGGCGCGUUCAAAGGGUCCAAGGGACUGCUGUCCCUUGACGUGAGCCACAACAAGUUGAAGAAGCUGCCCGCUGGUAUGCCAGCCUCACUGGAGAUCCUAUAUGCUGACUACAACGAUAUUGACGGCAUUAGCUCAGGCUACCUGGGUAAGGUGCCGGGUCUGCGUUACCUGAGGGUGUCUCACAACAAGCUGGUUGACUCCGGAAUCCCAGAGGGUGUGUUCAACGUAACAUCACUGUUGGAGCUGGACCUGUCUUUCAACAAGCUGCAGAGCAUUCCUGAUAUCAACGAACAGCUGGAGCAACUGUACCUCCAAGCUAAUGAGAUCAACAAGUUUGAUUUGUCAAGUUUCUGCAAAUACGUGACCUCCAUCAAUUAUUCCCACCUGAAGCAUCUGCGCCUGGAUGCCAACAACAUCACAGCCCACAGCAUGCCCUCUGAAACCUCCAACUGCUUGCGCGUGGCCUCCGACAUCCUGUUUGAAUAAGAAACUUACUUCCACCUGCCCUCCAUCAUUUAUGAAUGUACUCAACGUUAGUUGAAAUAAUCCUCAACAAUCACACAAUCACUGACAAGAAAAAAAGUAGCAGUAUAAUUCUUAAUGAAAAUCUAAAAUCAAUUAUGACAGUAUAUAAUGGCAGGGCAUGUUAAAGUUACCAUACCAAGUAUUUGUAGAUACAAAAAAUAAUAAUUUGAAAAUAAUCCUAAAAAUAUUAAUAGAAAUAAAGCUUUGUAACGACAAAAAGAGGUGAUGAAUGCACAUUGUUGUCGAUCUAAAUGAUGAAGCUAGUCACCAACUUGCUCACAUGUAACUGAUUUAAAAAAAAAAAAAAAAAAAACCACGUCAAACAUUCCCAUUGGACACAUUAGCUUGUCAAACGGAGACAAUACGGAGUAAACAAUGAUGUUAGCAUCUCCAUAGUCUCUAUAGUAGCUUCACUUUGUCUUUGUAUUGUAUGUUCCGUGUUUAGCAUGUAUAGUAUCGUCUUUAAUAAAGCCGUUGCUGUGCAAGGGGCCAGCAAAAAAAAGUCCGCGUAUUCAGCGUAAUCAUGACUAAAAUUUAAAUGUACUUUCUUCACUUUUGAAAAAUCAAACAAAAGCUCAUGCUCUUGUACGCUGCUGUGACAAGAAAAUUUCCCCACUGUGGGAUAAAUAAAGUUCUAUCAAUCAAUCAAUCAAUCAAUCAAUGAAGCUAAGUCGUCACAUAUUUGUUUGUCAUGCACAUUGCUGAUUUGUAUUCUUUCCAUUUCAUGCAUGAAUUCAAAUGGUAUCAUUGGUUUGAUAAUAAACUACAGCUUUUGCAGUUCUGGAAGUUGUCUAUAAUGGCUUAACCUGACAUUGUCACAAAUCAUAUCAUGUCUGGUUCAUUUCCAUUUCUUUGUUUUGGAGCCACUUUGGAACAGGCAAUGCUCAUGAAUUCACUGUGAGGAACUCAGUUCGAAUAAACCAUUUUCCCAA